AUGAUAAAGGCAUAUCUUCGUCAUGAGCCGCUUGCCACUUUUGGUGUCAUUGCCUCAACGCGGUCCAGCAUUGUCUAUGACCAUGCCGGCAAAGUUGCUAUUACGCCUGCCCUUGAAGAAGCCAUUCUUUGGGAUCUAAAGAAAGAAACUGAGGUAAGAACAAAAAGAGGUCAGUAAAACAGAGUAUACUUAUGUAAUGUCAGAUUGCAAGGUGGAAAGUACCUGGCAGCAAAUCAGAAGUGACUAGUAUUGCCAAA